AUGCCGCAGGGCCCGGAGACCCCGGUGCAGGUGUGGGUGGGCAGCCAACUCUUCCAGGCAGACCGGGCCCUGCUAGUGGAGCACUGCGGCUUCUUCCGCGGCCUCUUCCGCUCGGGCAUGCGGGAGGCGCGCGCUGCCGAGGUGCACCUGGGCGCGCUGAGCCCGGACGGCUUCCGCACCACGCUGCGGGUGCUGCGCGGAGAGCGUCCAGCGCUGGCGGCUGCCGACGAGCUGCUGCAGGCCGUGGAGUGCGCCGCCUUCCUGCAGGCGCCGGCGCUGGCGCGCUUCCUAGAGCACAGCCUCACGUCGGAGAACUGCGCGCUGCUGUGCGACGCGGCCGCAGCCUUCGGCCUGCACGACGUCUUCCACAGCGCCGCGCUCUUCAUCCGCGACGGCGCCCGCGAGCUGGCGGCCGAGCUGGCGCUGCCCGAGGCCCGCACCUACGUGGCGGCUCUGCGGCCCAGCAGCUACGUGGCCGUGAGCACACAUGCGCCGGCGCCCGGCUUCCUGGAGGACCCUUCGCGCACCAUGUGCUACCUGGAUGAGGAGGAGGACACCUGGCGGACGCUGGCCGCGCUGCCCCUGGAGGCCAGCACGCUCCUGGCCGGCGUGGCCACGCUGGGCAACAAGCUCUACAUUGUGGGGGGUGUGCGGGGCCCCAACAAGGAGGUGGUGGACCUGGGCUUCUGCUACGACCCCGACGGCGGAACGUGGCGCGAGUUCCCCAGCCCCCACCAGCCGCGCUACGACACGGCGCUGGCCGGCUUCGAGGGCCACCUCUACGCCAUCGGGGGGGAGUUCCAGAGGACAGCUAUGAGCUCAGUGGAGCGCUACGACCCGGCCUCGGGCUGCUGGAGCUUCAUGGCCGACUUGCCGCAGCCAGCUGCCGGCGUACCCUGCGCACAUGCCCGCGGCCGCCUCUUCGUGUGUCUGUGGCAGCCGGCAGACACGACGGCCGUAGUGGAGUACGCUGUGCGGGCUGAUGAGUGGCUGCCCGUGGCCGAGCUGCGGCGCCCGCAGAGCUACGGCCACUGCAUGGUGGCCCACCGCGACAGCCUCUACGUGGUGCGUAACGGACCUAAGGAUGACUUCCUGCACUGCGCCAUCGACUGCCUCAACCUAGCCACGGGCCAGUGGACAGCGCUGCCCGGUCAGUUCGUCAACAGCAAAGGCGCGCUCUUCACUGCCGUGGUGCGCGGCGACACCGUCUAUACGGUCAACCGCGUGUUCACCCUGCUCUAUGCCAUUGAGGGCGGCUCCUGGCGUUUGCUUAGGGAGAAGGCCGGCUUCCCACGGCCCGGUUCCUUGCAGACCUUUCUCCUGAGGCUGCCUCCCGGUGCCCGGGGGCCUGUGGCCUCAACAACACCAGAACUGUGAUCCUUAGGCUGGACUUUUCGGACUAGAUGCCCAGAGCCU